AUGGAAGCAGAAACCAAAUCUGUCAAUGGAAGAAGCAUCACCUUGAUCGACACUCCUGGUUUCUUUGACCCAGGCAGGUCUGAGGAGGACAUGAAGCCUGAGAUGGUGAGGUGUAUCACUGAGUGCGCUCCUGGGCCUCAUGCUUUUCUCAUUGUGCUUAAAGUGGAGAAAUUCACCGAGCAGGAGAAAGCUGUCAUCACAAAAAUGUGUGAAUAUUUCUCUGAAGAUGCUUUCAAAUAUGCUGCAGUUGUCUUAAGCCAGGGUGACCAGCUCCCAGAAGGGAUGAAGAUUGAAGAGUUUGUCAGUGAAAGUGAGCAUAUGAGUGAUCUGGUGAAUAAGUGCGGCGGCCGGUGCCACGUCUUUGAGAAUAAAUACUGGAAGAUCAAACAGCAGGAUGAAUACAGGAGCAACCAGUUCCAGGUGGCAGAGCUGCUCAACACCAUAGACAAGAUAGUGAUGGAAAACAAUGGAGGCUACUACACCAAUGAAAUGCUGCAAACAGUGGAGAGAGAAAUACAGAAAGAGGAAGAGCGCAUCAGACUGUCAUCAGGAAAUAUGACACAGGAAGAGAUCAGACAGCAGGCUAAAAGCAGAGUCCUUGGGAAGCAUUUGAAUGAACAUUGAAGCAGAAUCCAACAGAUGUUAAUUUAGACUUCUGCCUUGAUAGAAGUCCUCGUGUCUAUGCUUCAAACGUUGUGGUGGUUCCUGUCAAAUGAAAAGCUAACUACUGUGAGUUACUGUUUAAUAAUAAUCAGAGUAAAUAAGAAGU